GAACGGCGACUGUCAGCAAACCUUGAUACGCAUGACAGGAGAGGGUGUCAACCUGAAGGAGACUGGAGAGAGACUGAGGGGCUGUCAUAGUCUUGUACACCUGUACACCAAGCUUCCACCCAGUAAAGCGUGGGAAGUCAUCAGCUCUUGGGUCGUCAUGACGACUUGCGUGCACACCGCCCCCGUCCUCGUGCCCUCGUGCUCGUGCAGAGAAAGUGAGCAGGUGCCACCCGUGUACACCCGGAGUGAAGUCAGACAGCACUGUCACGUCGCGUCGUGUUGGAUCAUCGUCGAUGAUGAAGUGUACGACGUCACCAAGUUUCUUCUACAGCAUCCGGGUGGAGAGGACUUAAUCCUGGAGCAUGCCGGCCUUGACGCCUCCUCUGCAUUCUGGGACAAAGGUCACAGCAGCGACGCGCACCACCUGCUGCGAGAAUACUACAUCGGCAAGAUCAAAGACGAAUCGACACCCAAGACAUGACUGAUGACUGAAUGUCGCUGAGGUUUAUGGCGUCACUGCAGCCCAGAUGUCAUCCAUCUCGACAACAUCGGUUUUUAGCCCGUACUGACGUCUCUCACAUCACACUCAGUUUCAGGCAAAAAACAAAACAACCGAGUGUGUUUUCCCUUUAUAUUUGAUUGAUCUGUCAAGACCUUUUCACUUUAUCUUGGAUGGUGAUGCAUUGGUUCAGCAACUGGAUAGCAGCUGUCACUUUGGACACAGUAAUUCUGGUAUUGGGUGUGCGUUUGUAAGGGCAGUCUACAAGGACAGCUUUACAGUGUUGAGGUGCUACAACAGGGAGACAUGUUACCAGGACUGUGCUUCAUUAUCAGAGUUGUGUGGAGGGGUGCACUUUGCAAUAACAAAUGCAUUGUUGGCGGAGUUCAUAAAAUGUGACUAGAAUUCAUUGUCAGUCAGAUAUGGCUGUGCCCAAACAAAUAAAUACACAAGAUGAACAGGUGUCACUUUGACCCCUGGCCUGAAGACAAGUACAUCAAAUAUACUUGUCAACAGCUUUUUAUUGGUGAUUUACAAAAAAAGUUGUAAUUCCCCCACCAGCCAGCUUGCACUUACACGAAUUUUAUCACAAUGUGGUCACUCCUUUUAUACCUUGUUUUUCUCCUGAUUAGGUAAACAAUUGUGGUGUUGUGUCUUUGUGUGCAAGUCCUAAAUAAAGGUUAUCCAACAUCAG